AUUCCACCAACCCCCCCUCCCCCCCUCUUGGCUGCGUGCGUAUCGCCGUCCUCGGCAUUCGCCCCCUUCCUGGCGGCCUGCCUGCAGCCUGCCGACACGGCGGCGCCGCGAGCUCUCGCUCAAGGCCACGGGGGCUACCUGGAUCGUCUGCUCCUCCAGCCCCAUCGGAGAUCCGCGCUGCCGUUUCCCGAUUUAUGGUGAGGCUCAUAGAACUACUGUUUUUCAAACCCAGAUUCAGCGCCUGUUGAUGGACGAGAGAUGAAAAACUUCAUCAAGUAUCAAAUUUGAAGAAAAAUAAGUUCAGAUGGGCUCCAUUCUAAGUGCUACAGGGAGUACUGCUAAGUCUAUGGAUCGGCAUGAGACAUCUGGAACAGAUCCUAAUAAGAGGGUGAAAGUAUCUACUUAUGAGUAUGGGACGAACCCAAGGAUCAUUCCAACACUUCCUGAUGAGCUCUCGUUCCAAAUUCUGGCAAGGUUACCACGGAUUUAUUACCUAAACUUGAAGAUGGUUUGCAGAGCUUGGAAGGCAGCAAUCACCAGUCAUGAACUUUCCCAGCUGAGGAGAGAGCUUGGCGUAAGUGAAGAAUGGUUGUAUGUACUGACCAAAGUUGAGGCAAAUAAGCUCGAUUGGUAUGCUCUUGAUCCAUUGUUUCAGAAAUGGCAGAGGUUGCCACCGAUGCCUUCUUUCGUCAAUGAGGAGGAAUCCAGUAGGACUGGAUCUUCUGGGUUCCGGAUGUGGAAUGUUGUGGGCUCAAGCAUUAGGAUUGCUGAUUUCGUGAGGAGCUGGUUCUGGCGCAGGAACGGUUUGGACCAGAUGCCCUUUUGUGGUUGCUCAGUGGGUGUUGCUGAUUGUUACUUGUAUGUCGUUGGGGGGUUUUCCAAAGCUGUUGCCCUGAACUGCGUAUGGAGAUAUGACCCUUUUGUCAAUUUUUGGGAGGAAGUAAGCCCAAUGAUGACUGGGCGGGCUUUCUGCAAGGCAACAUUCUUGAAUGGCAAGUUAUAUGUAGUUGGUGGAGUCAGUAGGGGUCGAAAUGGCUUGCUUCCUCUGCGUUCAGCUGAGGUGUUUGAUCCGCAAACUGGACUGUGGAGUGAGCUACCAGAAAUGCCUUUUGCGAAAGCACAGGUACUCCCCACAGCUUUCUUGGCUGAUGUGCUGAAGCCUAUUGCCACAGGAAUGGCACCAUACAAGGGUAAACUAUACGUCCCUCAGAGCUUGUACUCAUGGCCAUUCUUUUUCGACAUCGGAGGCGAGAUAUAUGACCCGGAACUGAAUUCUUGGUCAACGAUGCCGGAUGGUCUCGGCGACGGAUGGCCAGCAAGGCAGGCAGGCACUAAACUUGGAGUCGUGAUCGACGACAAACUUUAUACCUUGGAGCCUUCCAGCUCUUUGGACAGUGGCCAGAUAAAAAGAUACAACUCUGAAGAAGACACAUGGGUAACUAUCGCCCCACAGGUUCCAGUUAACGAUUUCACUGAUGCAGAGGCUCCAUAUUUACUUGCUGGCCUCCAUGGAAGGCUCCACGUUAUAACAAAGGCGGCGAACAAUACUCUUCAGGUUAUGCAGGCUGUGGUGCAGAAUAACACAGACAAUAGGGCAUCUGAAGAAAACUUGUUAUGGAACACAGUGGCUUCCAAGAACUUUGGGACGGCUGAGCUUGUCAGUUGCCAGGUUCUUGAUGUUUAAAACGUGGUCGCCGUUCACUACUGUAGAGCAUAUGUUUGGCCUAGGUUUCAUACUAUGGGCUAUCGUUUUAGCCAACAAACAUAUAGUUUUUUUUUCCUUGUGUGUAUGCGUGGUGUGUGGUGUGUGGAGAAGUCCUUUAAUUUGACAUGGGAGUCAUGGGGAUAUAUCUAUUACAGGCAUUCAGACAUGUAUAAGUUGACCCAACUGCGGGAAAGAUGUGUAUAUAGGCAUACAAUCGACAUGAUUAUGUACAGUGAUCAAGCAUAAGCUUCUUGUGGGCAUUGUUUCUGAUCA